AUGAGACAGAUGGAGGAGCUGAUCCACGUCUCUCAAACACUGGAGUUUGACAAGCUCAGAGCGGUUUUUGUGCUCGACCACGCCCACCGCUCUCUGGUGCAGGUGCAGCCAUUAGAUGAAGGCGGGAGUGGCGGCAGCCCUCUUGAGCACUGCUUCAACCUCACGCUGCUGGAAAACCACCAGGGGCGCAUAAUGGAGAGGCUGAUCAAAGCUCCAUCUCAGUCAGACAUGCACAGGUGGAUGGCUGCGUUUCCAAAUCCCAUCAACCCUGACGGAGACGACGAUGAAGUGAUUUACGAGGACUGGGAUUGUCCACAGGUGCAGUGUGUGGAGCCGUACAUCGCCCAGCAGGCAGACGAGCUCACCCUGGAGCCCACUGAGAUCAUCAACAUCAUCCGUAAAACGAACGAGGGCUGUUACGAAGGCAUCCGCCUGUCGGACGGUCAGAAGGGCUGGUUCCCCUCAGGAAACGUCAUAGAGAUCACCAACGAGCACGUGAGGCGGAGAAACCUGCGAGAGCGCUACAGGGUCAUGCAGGCGGCAAGCAUGGUCACCAUCAGCAAGGCCAACACCAGCAGUUAGGGUUUAGAUUUGUCAAAGAAGUGAGCUGUGUAUGUAGAGUAUUCAGGGAAUUUUAAAGGUAUUGUUCUUACAAGCAGGAAGUGAAAGAAGACUGAUGCUCAUGAGACAGCAUACCAGAUCUACAAUCAUCCCCCUAUCUAUUGUAUACUAAAGGAGCACUUACUGCAAGCUGCUGGGCGUGUGGUAGAUCAUUUACUGACACUUAUGUGCAUGUGUGCAUUCAAAAACAAAGAUCAGCGUCCUGCAGCACUACAGCUGCAGAGUCGAGCUCUUCUUUAGAGCAUGCAGUCGUGCAUUAACGUCAAUCACUUUUUUAAAAUGCUGAUCUUUUUAUCUGCUGCUCGGCAAAGAUUGUAGACACUUCAGAUCUACAGCCAAGAAAAAGAUCUUGAUGUUCCCGUACUGUACCUCCUCUUAUAUCAUAGUCGUCACAUGUGCACACACACACACCCGUUAAAAUCUUCUCGUCCCUGCCAUGAACAGGCUGUCGUGUGUCGUCAAGGAGACGAGAGCACAGGAUGCAACACGUUUGAUGCCACAGUUGUAAAAACAAAACACACCUUGACUGAAAUACAAGUGUUGAACGAGACGAAUCUAAUCAGGAAGUGCCUUUGAAUCGACUCAGAACGCAGAACAAAUAUUUAAGACUUCCGGUACGAUCACAUAGAGGAUUUUAAAAUGCAUGUCAAUGUGAGCUAGACUGUACUGCCAUUACAGUUUUGUGCUGUCCACUAGCUCGUUAGCUUGUGCCAUUGUAGUUUAAUACUGUAGCGCCCCCUGCUGCUUGUUGUCAUGGAAGCUGGGUAAUCUUAUGUGGAAAUGUAUAAAGUGUUGUAAAUAAUGUGUAGGGGAUUCUCUCCUUCAAAACAGUUGUGGUGCUUUUAAUAAAAAAAAAUGACACUUUUUAACUCA